AUGUGGUAUUCAGAGUCAUUAAUCUUUGCCAUCGGAGUGCUAAUGUUGAAGAAUAUCUUCUUCAGAAUCUUUGUUAGAUACCGUGGAACAUUCCUUCUGUUUCCAGUGUGUUUGACACAGGAUUUCAGAGCAGCUCCUGUUUCUCCAGAUACUCCUUACCUGUGGGUUUCCAAUGCCCCAGUUGAAGUUUGUGAUGAAUUGCACAAUAUAAACAUAGAUAUGAGCCUCUUCUCCUUAUCAGGAAGCCCGCGGAAACAGGUCAAAGACCAAGGUAUCGCAACAUUUUAUACUGACAAGCUUGGCUACUACCCUUUUAUAGAGUUACAUACCAACGAAAAUGUGAAUGGAGGAAUCCCCCAGUUGGGAUGUCUAAAAAACCAUCUGGAUAAAGCUACUAAUGAUAUUCGCUAUUACAUUAAAUCGAACAAAGUAGGCUUGGCUGUCAUUGACUGGCCAGAGUGGAAGCCUCUUUGGGAAAGAAACGUGCGACGUAAAGAAGUUUACCAGGCUCAAUCUAUUGAGUUGGUUCGCCAAAACAAUUUAAGACUUUCUUAUGAUGAGGCCGCCCAAAUUGCCAAAGUCGAGUUCGAAAAGGCAGGAAAAAAUUUCAUGGUAGAGACUUUAAAAUUAGGGAAAUUACUACGGCCUAAAUACUUAUGGGGUUUUUAUGUCUUUCCGAACUGUUACAAUAGUCAUUAUAAUGUACCCAAUUACAAUGGUAGUUGUCUGGAUUUACAAUUGAGAAGAAAUAAUGAGCUCAACUGGUUGUGGAAAGAAAGCACUGCUCUUUUCCCAUCCAUUUACCUAAAUUUAGAAGUAAAGCAAAUAGGAAAAGAAGCCCACUUUGUCCGGAACCGAGUGAGGGAAGCACUUCGGGUUUCUAAGGUGCGAAACUUUAAGGACCCAGUUCCAGUAUUUGUAUAUUUCCGUCCACUGCUUACUAGUUAUCCUGAGACAUACCUUUCUAAGGCUGACCUUGUGAGCACAAUUGGUGAAAGCAUUGCUCUGGGUGUCUCUGGAAUCAUAAUGUGGGGAGGUUACCAGGUAAACCAGAGUGUGCAAGCUUGCAGAAAUUUGGAAGAGUAUAUGAACAGUAAGAUGAAUCCUUACAUAAUCAACAUCACCCUAGCAGCCAAAAUGUGUAGUCAAGUGCUUUGCCAAGAACAAGGAGUGUGUGUCCGGAAAAAGUGGAAUUCGAGUGACUAUCUUCACCUGAAUGAAAGGAAUUUUGUUAUUUAUAGUGCGACAGGUAGAAAAUAUUCAAUAUAUGGAAAACCCACAAUUGAAGACCUGGAGGAAUUUUCUAAAAAAUUUCAUUGCAGCUGUUUUCCUAAUGUCAAUUGUGUGACAAGAGUUAAUGUGAAAUCUGUCAUUCGUGUUCACGUAUGCAUUGAUGAAGAUAUUUGUAUAGAUACCUUUCUAAACUCAAAUAUCAGUAAUAUUUCUAGGUGGAAUAAGAGGUCUUCUUUGCUCACAUUUACUGACAGCAAUGUCUCAUUUUCUACACCACCUGCUACAGUAACUCCAUGUGAUCCUGGAAAAGACCUCAAUGAGAACUUCAGAACUAAAUGUUUAGUGGAAGCUCUCUCCAACAACCUCCAAGAAGAUAGAGAAAAGCGAACACCAGGCUACAGAGGGAACCUGAAGGCCCCAGGACCUGUGGAGCUGGCAGCUUCCGUGUGUUUGACACAGGAUUUCACAGCAUCUCCUGUUUCUCCAAAUACUCCUUACCUAUGGGUUUCCAACGCCCCAACUGAAAUUUGUGAUGAAAUGCACAACAUAACCAUAGAUAUGAGCCUCUUCUCCUUAUCAGGAAGCCCCCAUAGACAGAUCACAGAGCAAGGCGUUGCAACAUUUUAUCUUUAUAAACUUGGCUACUACCCUUUUAUAGAGUUACAAACCAGUACAAAUGUGAACGGAGGACUCCCCCAGUUGGGAUGUCUAAAAACCCACUUGGAAAAAGCUAUUAAUGACAUUAAUUACUACAUUGCAUCGGAUAAAAUGGGCUUGGCUGUCAUUGACUGGCCAUAUUGGAGGCCUCUCUGGACACAAAAUGGGGGUCCAAGAGUCAUUUACAAAAAUACGUCUAUUGAGCUUGUUCUCAAGAAAAAUUUAACACUUACUUAUGAUGAUGCCACCGAAGUUGCCAAAGUCGAGUUUGAAGAGGCAGGAAAGAAUUUCAUGCUAGAGACUUUAAAAUUGGGAAAAUCACUACGGCCGAAAUAUUUAUGGGGAUUUUAUUUAUAUCCUGAAUGUCAUAAUAGACGCUAUAAUAUUUCCGGUUACAAUGGAAGUUGUGGUAAUACAGAUAGGAAAAGAAAUAAUAACCUCGACUGGCUGUGGAAAGAAAGCACUGUCCUUUACCCAUCCAUUUAUUUGAAUACCGAAAUAAGUAAAGCACAAGUCACCACAGUCUAUGUCCGGAGUCGUGUUCUGGAAGCCCUUCGUAUUUCUAAAGUGCGGGACAAUAAAGACCCACUUCCGGUGUUUGCGUUCCUCCGCCCAGUGUUUGAUGAUCAGUCUGACAUAUUCAUUUCUGAAGUAAGUAAAUCAAGGGAUGAGGGUUAUGAAAUAGCAUCUACCAUGGGGUUUAGUCACAUUUUAGAAGGAAGAGACUGUUAG